UUCUCUUGAAGCUCUAAAAGAGAAAGGGCCGGAUCAAUAUAAUCGCCAAACUAAACUAGAGGAAAAUGCUUUACAUGGUGCUAUUGAGCGCUGGAAACAUGAUUAUGAACAAAUGCGUAAACGUGGUGAUACUUUUGCUGGAAUCCCUUCAUUGAGGAAGGCCAUGUGGGCUUGGCAUGAAAAACUUGUCCCUUUGAUCGAAAUGGAAUUGAAAAAAAGCAUAGAAAAGAACAUUGAUGAAGGUAGUGAAUGCAUUGAUUCACAAACUGGAACAUUCUUGCGAUUGUUAAGUCCGGAUAAAUUAUCUGCCAUUACGAUAUUGGAAAUGCUACGUCAAACUAGUGAUAGUGAAGUUAUAGAAGGAAUGACGACAACUGCUGCUAUUAUGGCUAUUGGUAAAUCUGUGGAAAGUGAAUACAACGCAGAACAAUUAAAAAAAAAGCAGAAUCGUAAAUUGCUUUACAAAGAUUUAAAUAUUCAUGAACUUUUUGCAUCUGGAAAAUUAUUUAAUAUGGAAAUUCGCCGUUUUGCGAGAAAAUUAGAAAAAGAAGAUAUUGAAACAUCAUGGAAACCAGAUUGGGGAUCGACAAUAAGAGUUAAGAUUACCGUCUCGACUACUAAUGCAGCUGGUAAAAUAAUCGAAGAGGCUCCUGCAUUUUUUCAUUCUUAUGAAUAUAAUAGAGGUAAAAAAGUUGGGGUUAUCAAACUCAAUCCUCAAUUGAUAAAGUGGCUUUCUAAUGAGUCCGUUAGAGAUCAUUUACAUCCUCGCAUGUUGCCAAUGUUGAUUAUUCCAAAGCCUUGGUUGACUUUCAAUAGUGGUGGUUAUCUGACAUCUCCAACUCUUGCCAUGAGGAUAAAAGAUUGUCCUGAACAAGUUGCAUAUCUGAAAAAAGCUUCUGACAGCUCACAUCUGGAACAUGUUUUUGCUGGCUUGGAUGUCCUUGGUUCUACAUGUUGGGCUGUGAAUAAGAGGGUAUACGAAGUUGUUCUGAAAUUUUGGAAUAGCGGUGAAGGUGUUCUUGACAUUCCACCUGCCGAUUUAAAUCCAGAAAUCCCUAAAAAACCUGAAGAUUUCGAUAGUAACGUGGAAAUUGCUGGCGCUUAUCUUGACGAACCAAUGUACUUUCCUCAUAGUCUGGAUUUUCGUGGUCGUGCAUAUCCGAUUCCGUCACAUUUGAAUCACAUGGGUGAUGACUUAUGUCGCGGUUUAUUAGUCUUCAAAGAUGCAAGACCAUUAGGCAAAACUGGUUUAAGAUGGCUUAAAAUUCAUUUGGCAAAUUUAUAUGGAAAUGACAAAGUUUCAUUUAAUGAAAGAGAAGCAUUUGCUAACGAAAAUAUUGCCGAAAUAAUGGAUUCUGCAGAUUAUCCUUUGAAAGGCAAACGAUGGUGGCAAAAAGCUGAAGAUCCAUGGCAAUGCUUAGCAGCAUGCUUUGAAUUAACUGAUGCAAUACGCUCACCAUCGCCAGAAAAUUAUUUGUCACAUAUUCCGGUACAUCAGGAUGGUACUUGCAAUGGAUUACAACAUUACGCCGCUCUUGGUGGUGACCUGGAGGGUGCGUCUCAAGUCAAUCUAGCUCCAUCUGAUUCACCGUCGGAUAUAUAUACAGCAGUUGCUAAAAGGGUAAAAGAAUUGAUCAGAAUUGAUGCAGAGAAUGGUGAUGAAAAAGCUUUAAUAUUACUUGAUCACAUUUCUCGUAAAGUUGUUAAACAGACUGUAAUGACAACCGUGUACGGUGUGACAUUUAUUGGAGCUCGAUUGCAAAUUGAAGCUCGGCUCAAAGAAAUUGAAAGCAUACCACAAGAUCGACUUCAUGAAUUAUCACAUUAUGUUGCAAAAUGUGUGUUUAAUAGCUUAGGAGAAAUGUUUAAAGGAGCAAGAGCAAUUCAAGAGUGGUUAAGCGAAAGUGCUAAGUGGAUUGCUAAAAGCUUGCCGCCCGAGCGCGUGUUAAAAUCCGCUGAAGAGAUUAAAAAUGAAAAUGAUAAUUUAUCUGAAUUAGAAGUUGAAGAUUAUAUAAACCCUUUAAAGAAAUCCAUAGUUAAAAUUCAGCCUAAUAAAUCAGCAUCAGAUCAAAUGACUGCAGUGGUUUGGACGACUCCACUAGAUUUGCCAAUAGUUCAGCCUUAUCGAAGACCGAACAAGAGGCAAGUCAAAACCUAUCUGCAAUCCAUUAAUAUUAUAGAUUCUGAAACACCUAGUCCAGUAAAUAGCAUGAAACAACGAGCAGCAUUCCCACCAAAUUUUAUUCAUUCACUUGAUGCUACUCAUAUGCUUAUGACUGCUCUUGCGUGCAAAGAAAAAGGAUUGACAUUCGCCUCUGUACAUGAUAGUUAUUGGUCGCAUGCAUGUGAUGUAGAGACUAUGAAUAGUGUUAUACGCGAACAAUUUUUUCGACUUCACAGUCAACCAAUAAUGGAAAAUCUUCGAAAUGAAUUUAUUGAACGUUAUAAAGGAUAUAAAGUUCCAAUUAAAGUGUUAAGAAAAGAUUUAGAAAGGUUAAAAUUAGAAAAGAUUGCGAAACUUAAAUCGGACAAUUCUAAGAAAAUAUCACCAGUAGUAGUAGUGGAUAAUGGAUACGAAGAUACCAUAAGUUUGGAUGAUUUGAUUAAAAUGGCACAGAAAUCCCAACCAGAAGAUAUAAAAUUAGAUUCAGAGGAAGGAGAACUAAAAUUAAAGAAAACAAGACAACCUUCGAUGUAUGUGCACACAUGGGUAGAUUUAACGUUUCCGGAAUUACCGAAACGAGGAACUUUUGAUAUAGAAUCAGUAAAAAAAAGUCUUUAUUUUUUCAAUUAA